AUGAGAAGCACUCCAAUCGACCGCGCGAUCUCCGCCCACUCCGGCACGCUGCUUCUCUCAUUCACCGGCAUCGUCGUCGCCGCGUUCUCGUACAUGACGCUGUUCGGGGAUAGUCUGCCAAAGUAUGCCAGAGGGAUCGAGCCUGUUCUGCCCGAGAGCAAUGACGAGCAGGAGGGAGAGCAGGAGGUUGACGACGAGGGAAGCGAGCAUCGAAAGAAGUUGAAGAAGAAAAGGAAAGCGCACAAGAAGAAGGAGGAGGCAGAGGCGUCUGUCAGAGUAAUGCGCGAUGCACUAUGA